UAAUAAUUGUAGGAGCACCUUUCAAACGGCAAAAAAAUAACGAGAAAAAGAAGAAGUCGCAGAUGGCAUUGAAUCAAGACAAGAAAACAAAUUCCACAAAUUUCUGGAGACGACGCAACUAAAUCACCAUACUCUCCUCGUUCACCAGCAAUAUUUGAACUCUUUAAUUCAAUAAUUUGAUUGUUGGGAUGGCCAGUGAUGAUGAAAAGCCCUUACUAAGAGAUCUACUGAGUCCUGCAUCUCAGAAUGAUCAAAAGAUUGAUCCCAAAAGACGAAGAUAUCGCCGUUGCAGAAGUGCUCCUUUGGCUGAAUUCCUUCCUGGGGAGAUCAGCACAAAUGCUGAUGGGAGCCUUCCAAAUCCAGAAUCCUCCUUAUCUAACAUCAAUCCCAGUUUCAGAAGGGUGUUUAUUUACUUGAUUCUCUACCUAGCCAUUGGUGCCGUAUGCUUUUACCUCGUUCAGGACCAGAUCAAGGGAGACAAGGUCGACCGGGUUCUUGAUUCUCUUUACUUCUGCAUUGUGACCAUGACCACUGUUGGAUAUGGGGACCUUGUUCCCAACAGUGUAGCCUCGAAGCUUCUUGCCUGUGCUUUCGUCUUCUCGGGAAUGGUCUUGAUUGGCCUGAUGGUGAGUAAAGGGGCGGAUCACCUUGUCGAGAAGCAGGAGAUCUUGCUGAUCAAGGCUCUGCAUAUGAACAGAAAAACUGGCUCGAGUGAGAUUCAAAAGGAGUUGGAGGACAACAAAGUUCAUUAUAAGUGUCUUGUGACGAUGGCCCUCUUUGUAGUACUCGUUGUAGUUGGCACAUUGUUUCUAACUCAAGUUGAGAAACUGGAUUGGGUUGAUGCAUUCUAUUGCGUUUGCUCGACUAUUACAACUUUGGGUUAUGGAGAUAAAAGCUUCUCCACCAAGGCCGGACGUGUCUUUGCUAUAUUUUGGAUCUUAACUAGUACUGUUUGUUUGGCACAGUUCUUGUGUUACAUUGCUGAGCUUAACACUGAGAGCAGACAGAAAGCACUUGCCAAAUUUGUCCUAACCAAGAGGAUGACCAAUGUUGAUUUGGAGGCAGCUGAUGUCGAUGAAAAUGGGAUUGUCGGGGCAGCUGAAUUUGUGAUAUAUAAAUUAAAAGAGAUGGGGAAGAUAAAUCAAGAAGACAUCUCUCUUCUGCUGGCCGAGUUCGAAUACCUGGAUGUUGAUCAAUCUGGGACUCUGUCCACCUCCGACAUAGGUCUUGCCCAAUCAUGUCAAACCGGACCCUGACUAUCCCUAUUCUCACUCACAUGUACUCCUAAGCUACGAUUCUUCUACAUUUAAGUUUGUAUGGCAAAAUAAUGUUAACACGUCGUUUAGUUCUUUUGCUUGUCGUAUACAUGUGAAUAUACAAUUUGGAAUUGGAUCUGGAUCAUAGAACUUGACAUUUUUACAUCCAAACAUAUAUUCAAGAAAUCACAUUUUUUUCGUU